UCAAUACCUUUCUUCUCAGUUCAGAUUGGUCAAACGGUUUCACAUUCAUCAAGAUCUUUCAACGGUAGUAUCCAUUUAUCUAUAAUGGAAGUCUCCCACGUUCAAUUUCCAUUUCUUAAUCAGGACGAAGAAGAUUACACCAAUUUCUUUCAAAAUAUGGACGAUAAUGGCGAAAACACUAAUAAGCGGAAGAGAAACGAUCACCAAAGUUCAACUUCAUCUGAAUACGUUGAUUCCUUUUACAAUUCAUUCAGCAACCACGAGAAUUCAACUGGGUUUCAUCCCGAUUUUGAAGAAAACGAGAGAAAACAAGCUCGCCGCGAAAUUCCAGAGGCCGGCGGCGGCGGCGGCGGCCAUCCACGGCGGUUAUGGGUGAAGAACAGGUCAAACGCGUGGUGGGAACAGUGUAACUCACCGGAUUUCCCUGAAGAUGAAUUCCGUCGAGCGUUUCGAAUGAGUAAAUCGACGUUUGACAUGAUAUGUAAGUCGUUAGAUUCAGUUGUAACUAAGAAAAACACGAUGCUCCGACUUGCGAUUCCGGUGAGGCAAAGAGUCGCCGUUUGCAUCUGGCGAUUAGCUACCGGUGAGCCACUCCGAUUAGUCUCCAAACGUUUCGGUUUAGGAAUCUCUACUUGUCAUAAACUAAUAAUCGAAGUUUCCUCUGCUAUAAAAACAGUCCUCAUGCCGAAAUUUCUCCAAUGGCCAAACGAAUCAAAACUAAACGAAAUCAAAUCGAAAUUCCAAUCGAUUUCUUCAAUUCCAAACGUAUGUGGUUCAAUCUACACAACCCAUAUCCCAAUCAUAGCUCCUAAGAACAACGUUGCAUCCUAUUUCAACAAACGUCAAACCGAACGUAACCAAAAGACAUCCUACUCAAUAACUCUUCAAGCCGUGGUUGAUCCAACCGGUGUCUUUACCGACGUAUGUAUAGGCUGGCCGGGUUCAAAUUCCGACGAAACCAUCCUCGAGAAAUCAACGAUUUUCGAAAGAGCUAACAAUGGAGAGCUGAAAGAUGUUUGGGUUGUGGGGAAUUGUAACUUUCCGUUAACGGAUUGGCUUUUGGUACCCUAUAGUAAUAGGAGUUAUACCAGUUGGACACAACAUACUUUGAAUGAGAAAAUUGGUGAGGUUCAAGAGGUGGCGAAGGCGGCGAUUGGAAGGUUGAAAGGGAGGUGGAAAUGCUUGCAGAAGAGGACGGAAGUGAAGCUUACGGAUUUGCCUGUUCUUCUUGGGGCGUGUUGUGUUUUGCAUAAUAUAUGUGAGAUUAGAGGGGAAGAAAUGGAACCGGAGAUGAUUAUGGGAUUUGAGCUUUUUGAUGAUGAGAUGAUGCCGGAAAAUCCUGUUAGAUCUGCUGAAUCGAUUAAGGCUAGAGAUAAUAUUGCUCAUAACCUUUUACACCAUAAUAUUGCUUGAAAACCAUCUUUUAUGUAAUUUUAAAUUAUUAUUAAUAUUAAUUUUUUUUAAUACAA